CAGAGAUCUGUCGAAAGUCACAGAAUCAUGUCAGGGCUGGAUCCUCUGCAGUGUCUCAGUCCCGAGACGGUGAGCAGGUAUUUGACCAACUUAGCAAUACAAAUGCGCCUGGCUCUGUGCUUUUUCCACUCUAUGAUGCUGAUCAGUGGCGAGAAGUUGCGCUCAAACAUCACUGAGCUUCACAGCAUCGCAGACAACCUGGACAAGGUGCAGAAGAGUACCCGGGCCAUGGGCAUCGCUGGGGGAGCUACAGGGGCAGUGGGGGGCGUGGCGGCAGUGGUGGGCAUUGCCUUGGCGCCUGUAACCAUGGGAGCAUCUUUAAUCGCCACAGUAGUGGGGGCAGGGGCGACAGUGGCUGGCACUGGGCUGGGUGCAGGAGCAACCGUCAAAAAAAAUAAAAGCGACAAAGUGGACCGUAAGAGGCUGGAGAGAGUGGUUCAGGAGUACCAGACAAAUAUAACAGAAGUGGAAAAACGUCUGUGUUUUAUCCUGUCUGGCAUGGCGCAGAUUCAUAGUUACGAUGUGACGAGGCUGCCAAGUUUGGAUGCUGAGGCAGCAUGGGUGGUCAGGCUGGUGGAUAAGGUGUACCAGGAAAAUGCAAGCCUAAGCUCAGGCACAUUUCAGAACCAGGUGUUGAAUAUGAGUGUCCUGAAGGCAUUUGAGUUGUGGCUGGAUAUUUUUUUUACAGAUAAUGGACAAAAAUUUAAAAAAGGCUUGAAGUCAAAGUUUGGUGAAAACAUCAGGACGAUGGCACGGCAGCUACAGGAAGGACUGGAUCAAGUAUAUAAAAUGUGGGAGCUGUUCACACAAUUUGCCCCCAUGGUUUGAUGGUGUUUUUACACCUGAAAGUACAGACCUUGUCCGUGAUUCUCUUUAUUACAUUGUGUUUGUUACAUUAUGCACGUUUUGUCUGAUUAGUUUUGCAUUCUCACUGCAUUUUAGUGACUGAGUGGCCUAAAGAACUUUACUACAUUUUGUCAUCCUUGUACUUCACAAUGAUUAUGUCGAAUUUUGUCAGUUCGACAAGUUGCUUUUUAUGUGUUGUGCCUACAGCUUCCAGAAUUUGACACCCUUUAUUGGCAAUAGCUUGCAUCAACUUCCUGUAAAUGGUCUAAAACCAAUUGGUAAAACCAUCUAGAAAAGCACUUUCGACAAAAACAAACCAUAUCAGGAUGCAGGAAGUCCAGACUGUUACCAACACUUUUGGACUGACCAAAUUUUGUCUCUUUGGUCAGGACUUGGGGUGGGUGAUAUGGCCUUAAAGAUCUCAUUCUGCUAAA